CUCUAUUUGUGCCGUGUACAAUAAAAUUGAUCAUCAAAGGAUAUAACAACAGUUUUAACAAUCCUGGCUUCUCCCCCAGGCCAUAAUGCGGGCAUUCUCCAGGGAGGCUUUGGAGUUAUACAUCCCGGUCAUCCAGGAGGAGAUUCGCGCCGCCGUGAACGAGUGGCUGGCGAGAGAUUCUUGUGUGCUGGUGUACCCAGAAAUGAAGCGUCUGAUGUUCCGCAUCGCCAUGAGGAUCCUUCUGGGCUUCGAGCCGGAGCAGAUUAGGACCGACGAGCGGCAACUGGUCGAGGCGUUUGAGGAGAUGAUCAAAAAUCUUUUUUCUCUGCCCAUUGAUGUGCCAUUCAGUGGAUUGUACAGGGGUCUGAAAGCUCGGAAUUUCAUCCAUUCCAAGAUCGAAGAGAACAUCAAAAAAAAGAUCCAGGAAUCACCGAAAGAGUCCAAACACGGAGAUGCUCUGCAGCAACUCAUAGACAGCAGCAGUAAGAACGGCGAGACAUUUAGCAUGCAGGUAACAACAACACUGACGACCCCGACGACAUUGUCUCGUUUGGCGUUUGGGGGGGGA